AUAAUAAUAUUCCUGGAAUUUUUGUAUAAAGCGAGCAACGCCGAGACUGUGUGGUCUGUGUCUCUGAGUCUUUAAACCGCUUGCUCGCUCGCGGCCCAGUCAUUCAUAUCGUCUCUUUAGGUUUUUUUGGUUCCAUUUCUUCAGUGUUUGGCUAUGGCGGAAGAGAUUGUGGCGGGGUCUGCUGAUUUUCCAUUGAAGAGGUCCAGAGAAGAAGAAGAGAACGGAGUUUAUGCGGCCUCAACCGUGUCCGUGGAGACUGAUACUGGCAAAGAGGCUGAUGGUGUUUCUGCUGUUAUUCCUGGGUGGUUUUCAGAGAUUAGCCCAAUGUGGCCAGGAGAGGCACAUUCCUUGAAGAUAGAGAAGAUUCUAUUUCAAGGGAAGUCUGACUAUCAGGAUGUGAUGGUCUUCCAGUCAUCAACAUAUGGAAAGGUUCUUGUAUUGGAUGGGGUGAUUCAGCUAACCGAAAGGGAUGAAUGUGCCUAUCAAGAAAUGAUUACUCAUCUUCCCCUCUGCUCAAUUCCAAACCCAGUGAAGGUUUUGGUUAUCGGUGGAGGAGAUGGUGGAGUUCUGCGGGAAGUGGCUCGCUAUUCUUCUAUUGAGCAGAUAGAUAUAUGUGAGAUUGACAAGAUGGUGGUUGAUGUGUCUAAGCAGUUUUUCCCUGCCGUAGCUGUUGGAUAUGAGGACCCACGAGUCAAGCUUCAUGUUGGUGAUGGAGUUGCAUUUUUGAAGGCUGUUCCUGCAGGAACUUAUGAUGCAGUAAUAGUGGACUCUUCUGACCCAAUAGGUCCUGCACAAGAGCUUUUUGAGAAGCCCUUUUUUCAGACAGUAGCAAAUGCUCUUCGUCCAGGAGGAGUCGUGUGUACACAGGCAGAGAGUAUAUGGCUUCACAUGCACAUCAUUGAGGAUAUUGUGGCCAACUGUCGCCAGAUAUUUAAAGGCUCCGUCAACUACGCAUGGACUACAGUCCCUACAUAUCCAAGUGGGGUGAUUGGUUUUAUGCUUUGUUCUACCGAGGGACCUGCUGUGGAUUUUAAGCACCCUGUGAAUCCAAUUGAUGCAAAUGACAGUCAAAAAUCAAGACCAUUGAAAUUUUACAACUCUGAGAUUCACACAGCUGCUUUCUGUCUACCAUCUUUUGCAAAGAAGGUGAUUGAUGCAAAAGCAAAUUGAGGAAAAUUUUCAGUAGCAUCCAACGAGCAGAUUGGCUAUUGCUGAGUACCUGCUUUUGGCCUAGUUGAAAUAGUUUUUCCAGAGCAAUGGACCAUGGAAUAAUUGAUAUUUAAAUUGCUGUUCAAGAGUUUGUCCCAAUUGGGAUUGUUAGAGCUUUAGUGACAUCAACGAUGCUCUCAAAGAUCGUCUUUCCUUCCUUUAUGGAUAGUUACGAAAAUAGUAAUAUAAGCAAGCUAGUUUUGCCUCCAUUUAAUGUUCA